GAUACUGGGUUAGACGAUACUAGAUCACGUGAGCCCGUUGAAAUUCUAGUCGUGUGUUUUUCUAUAAAUGUCUAUCUGGUUUUCCGUGUUUUUGCAUAGAUCUUCAAUUUUCCUGGAAUUUAUUAUAAAUAAUACAUUUAUCCCAGGUUAUAAGGCAUUUUGGAAGAUUUCGUGUGACUGAAGUUAUUGUAAUUGUAAGUUGAUUCAAAAUGGAAGACAACACCAAACCAUCUUCGUAUUUGGAUGACCCACCUAAUAGCAGGUUGUUUUUAGUAACUAGCAAAUCGAUCACCGAAGACACUAUUCGAGAUCAUUUUUCUACGUUUGGGGAGAUCCAGGACAUAUGGGUGGUAAAAGACAAACAUACGAAAGAGUCCAAAGGAGUGGCCUUUGUAAAAUUCUCCAAAUCCUCACAAGCUUGCACUGCCAUGGAAGAAAUGCACGGAAAAUGUUUGGUUGAAGGAACCAAACCCAUCAAGGUGUUCAUCGCUCAGUCCAGGUCAUCGGGAAGCCAUAGAGAUGUAGAGGAUGAGGAGUUGACUAGGAUCUUUGUAAUGAUCCCAAAGACAUUCACAGAGGAAGACAUGAAAGAAACUUUCAAGGACUAUGGAGACAUAGAGUAUUGUAUUAUUAUAAAGAACAAACUGACUGGAGAAAGCAAAGGACUUGGAUAUGUGCGGUUCCAUAAGCCAUCACAAGCAGCAAUGGCCAUAGAGAACUGUGACAAAACGUUUAGAGCAAUCCUUGCUGAGCCAAGAACCAAAACUUCAACAACAGAAAAUGAAUAUUUUGGCAACUCUAGAUCUGAACAUAUGGCCAAUGAAUCAGGAAUGAGUGGAUAUCCUUUUAGUGCAGAUAACAACUACACAUCAGGGGACAUGUGGAAUAGUGACAUGAUCACCAGAUGUUUGAUGGUGUCUUCAAGGGCGGCCAUUACACAGGAGCAGGUCUACAGUCUCUUUGAUCUGAUCCCAGGGAUGGACUACUGUGAGAUGCAACGAGAUCAGUAUGGGUUCAGCAAGGGACAAGCAAUGAUUCGAUACAACAACCUUGGCUCUGCCGUAUAUGCUAAAGAGAAGCUGAACGGCUUUGAAUACCCACCUGGUAAUCGUCUUGUUGUGACUUAUGUUGACGAUGGGGAGGACAGGACCAGUCCGGUGGGAAAGAUGGCCAUGCAGCUGGUGGCUGCACAGAUGAUGUCCAUGGUGUGGAAUGGGCCCACAGGGCCCCAGCUUAUGAAGACCAGCACUGGUUAUACCCCCGUUGCUACUUCACAAAAGCCCAGAGUUCAGACCGAUGUCAAUCUUCCCCCUGUGAAGAAGAUGGCCCCCUCAGACAGUGUGGUUAAAGAACGCCUCUUCGUCAUAUUCAACCCUUCACCUCUUCCAGUCGAUGUGCUUGAAGAUGUGUUUUGUCGUUUUGGAUCUUUGGUUGAAGUGUACCUGGUUCCUGGGCGGAAUGUGGGUUAUAUGAAGUAUGCGGAUAGGAAACAUGCCAACGAUGCCAUGGCAGCCUUGCAUGGGAAGGUUGUGAACGGAGUGAAGAUGAAGGUGAUGUUGGCUGACCCACCAAAGGAAGAGUCUCACAAACGUCAGAGGACAUACUAACAUCCAGUGCAGAACUAGAGAUUUAAAUGACAUGACCUGCUACAUGACUGGACGGACAUAAAUGAUGACACGACCUCUAGCUAUGGACAGUGACUUCCAUACUUUUUGUUCUUGAUGUGGCUUAUAGUAGUGAGAUAAAUUUCAAGUAAUUUUCAAUUUUCAGUCAUUUUCAGUAUUUUAAGUUAUCAAUGUUCUAAUGCAGUCCAGUAGAGAAAACGUAAGGAGAGACCACCACAACAAUUUAGUGUCUCAUCUAUUUAUAAGAAAAAAAUAUAUGUAGAUAUAUUGUCCAUUGUAUGUGUUGAUAAUAAAAAACAAAACACAACA